AUGGAUAUAUCUGUCCAGCCCCGAUCUUUCGAUCACCUCUUCCAGUUCCCUCUUGGAGAUUUGACCAUUCUCGCACGGUACAAGGGCUACGAUGUGGUCGGGAAGGUAAUCACUUCAGCCAUGAUGCUUGCCAGUCCAAUCUGGGGAGAGUUGCUCCAAAACCACCCCGUGCAGGAACUCACCUUCACCAACGACAACGGUGAGGCUCUGCUCAUCCUCCUGCGCAUUGCCCACCUGCGAUUCGGCGCCAUCAAACCCACGUACGAGCCUCCCGAGCUCUUCGAGAUUGCCAUCCUGUGCGAGAAGUACAACUGCGCCAGUCUCGUGAAGCCUUGGCUGGGAUCUUGGCUGCCCCUGGAAUCAUGGGCGACCAUCCUGAACGACGACCGCUGGCUCUACAUCGCCUGGGCGUUUGGCCGAGAGAUCAUGUUCAGGAAGGUGGCCAAGGGGAUCGUUACUCGAAUGCGCCUGUCUCCCAGCUUCGUUCCGUUCACCCAAUCCCGAGUUGCUUUCCCCCGGCCUUACCCCAACUGCAAUAUCAUGGAGAACAUCCUAACCGCCCGCGCCAGUCUCAUCCACCAAAUCACGGCCUUGCCCUACGCAGACACCCAGCGGUUCACGGAAGCCCAUCGUGAGAGGAGAGUUGUGUGCAGGGCGCGAGACCCACAUUGCGACAAGUACGUUCUCGACGGCAUGGUUGCGAUCCUCGUCCGGUACUCCCUGUGGCCCCCCCAGCGCCCGGAGGAGAUCUUCACCAGUGUUGACGCCCUGGCGUGGAACAUCUCUCAGAUCAAGAUCGACCCCUACAAUCAGGCACCAUACUCGAUCCUCGGACCUCACUCCUCCUGCGGUAUCUCGGGCUACAGCCAUCAGGUGCUGAACAUCCUCCGCAAUUUUCCGGAGCCGGUUGACAUGAGUCAAAUCGCACGGUUGCAGGGGAAGGAUGCUGCUGGCUUCGCAGAGGAAGACGAUCAGCCCUUGGAAGAGCCUCGGACCGAAUCAUUGAUGCCCCCGACUAGAGUAUCCAAUAUUCCUGGGCCGGUAGUCGAGAGUCAAAACACACUGCUACAGGAGAAGGAUGCUGCUGGCUUCGUUGAGGAAGUCAAUGAGCCCUCGGAACAGCCUCAGACUGGAUCAUUGAUGCCUCCGGCCGGAGUAUCGGUAGAGGGUAUCGAAGAUGAACUGUAA